AUGGUAGAAAUCAACGAAAUUGAGUUUAUCGAAGAACCGGAGUACUUCAAACUCCAACAUGGGUCUUGCUUCUGCAUGUUGGAGGAGGAGAAGAAACGAAAUGAAAACUUCUCCAGUGAGGAAACGAAACUUGCGAACAGCAAUUUCACAAUAAGCAAUGCGAAGCAGAAGGGUCUCUAUUUUUUUAAUAAAAAUUUAAACGUUUUUUCUCUGUCUGACUUUCUGUACAAAAUUGACAACGAGAACAGCAAGGAUAGCAGUGACAAAAUAAACAUAAAAUCACAACCCUUCGAGGAAAAUGUCCUCUUAAUUGAGAACAACAAAACGGACACACAGGCCUUUUUUUACACGGACCACCAGAAUAUUUACGUGUUUGACUAUGGCAGUGAGAAGGUGAAUCUCCACUGCCGGGUGGACGUGCCCAUUCGGGGGCUGAAGUAUAUAGAUGACCACCUGCUCCUACUUCUGAGCUCCGACGAACGAGUUCACCUCAUGAAGAACAAGCAGAUGUACGAGUGCCAAGAGUGGACAGACCAUGUGAACAACAUUGAUGAGAAAAACGGAGUGUUCCUCUUUACGUACUCAAAUAAAGAAGUGUUCAUUUUGAAGGAUUGCCAAAAAAGUAAUACAUACGACUUGAGUAACAUAAGUAAAGAAAUUGACAUUUGCCAUGAUAAAUGUAAUAUAAUGUGCGCAAAAAUUUUAGAAGCACAAAAAAAUAUGAUAACAAUCUUUCUCAUGGUUUUGUACAAAUACGAAGAAGAACUAACCACCAUUAUGUAUGAUCUCCAGAUAGAACAGGACAAAAUAAAGAAAGUUACAUACUCCACUAAUGAUUUUGAUUUCCAAAAUUUUGAAAACAAUUUUGUCAAAUGUAUUUACAUAAGCGAAUGGCAAACGAUUGUAGCCAUUUCCUCCGAAUCGUGCGAGGCGGUCGUUUACACAAGAAAUGGUAACAUUACUUAUGACAGAAGUCUUGCUCAGCCCCUGGGGGCAGGUCCAAACGUUGCAGAAUGGGACCGGUCCAGUGGAUUAAAAUUCCUGAGCGUAAUGGAAGGGUACAAAAUAAAUACGCGAGAUUCAGAAACCUUUUUUCUUUCCCUGUUUAUGUAUACCAAAUACGAAGAUAAAAUUUAUAGGAAAAGUAAAAUAGGAAAUGUUCCAUUUUUGAAAAAUCCCUGCGUUUUCUUUGCCCUCCAAGAUAACCACAAAAUUGUAGUAGAGUAUUUAGACAAGUACAAGUUGGUGGACAACACGGAAUUCUCUACCAACGCUGUGGAGGAUGGAGAUGCAAAUGAAUGCGGAAUGAAAGAAGUUACUGUCCUUCCAGAUUUGAAGGAGAACGUGGUAGAAGUGCACGAGCCGAUCUCCUCCAAUGUGUUCAAUAUAUUCAAAGUCAAGGAGAGGGUCGCUCAGAACAAAAUAGAUUCAACCAAAGGUAAUGAACCAAUUGGGGAGAACAAAAAGGAAAGCUUCUUUGACCUUUUUCGCAGUAAGGUUAAGUUCACUGAUGAAAAAGGGAUCGAUGAUAAUGUGCAAAGUACCGACAUGGGGGUGAGACCUCCAGGUAAGGAAGCCACAUGCGUCCCGGGCGAACAAAGUGGUGUAAAUAUCGAAAUGGAUAAAAUCGGUGAAGCAUCCCCUGUGAAUAAUGACCAUGACUCUCAUGCGAAGAAUCGAAAGAACCAACUAGCCAAAGAACAGCAGCAUCUAUACAGAUGCAUUCGACGAAGCGCAAAAGUCUACGAGGAUGAAAGCUUUAUUGUGAAUGAGGUACCCGACGCGUUCAACAAGUUAAUUAAAAGUGGAAUUUACUUUUGUGAAGAAUUUUUGAAUCACAUGAAUGUGCAUUCCAUAGAGAAAAGGAAAAAUCCAAAAGUGGGUUCAAGGAAGAAGGAGUGCUAUUAUGACAAGGGGCUAGACAAAAUUGUAUUCUUACAUGAUAGUGUCAUCGGGGAGGAUGUAGACGAAGUAAGGGAAGAUGACGAUGAAGAGGGAAAGAAAAAAAAAAAAAAAAUACCAAAAAGGAACAACAAAAGUGAAUUUCAUCACCAUUUCCAUUGUGAAGAUUUUGAUUUUUACAAACACAAGAAAUUAUCCGACCGUCAAUGCGAGCGCAUUAUAAAAAAAAUCGAGCGUAAGCAGGGUUUCCUCUGCGACAUAAAAGGGAUCUUCUUAACUGAACAAGAAGCCCCACAUGAUAAAGUGCAGCCAAAAGACAAAUAUGAGAAGAAGACACUUCCCCUUCCUAUGGAAGAACCACGGGAAGAUCCAUUCAAUGGAGACAUUCAAGUUCAUAUUUCAGAUGAAGAAAGGAGCAAAUUUUAUGAACAGUUAGAUUCUUAUUUUUCUAAAAGGAAAGUCCUAAAAGUGAGAAAAGAAAUUUUCAACGAUUUAAAAAAUGGUCAGCUAGCCAAAGGACAUAUAUUCGAAACGGUCCUCUACAACAUAUACAAGCAAGGUGGAAUGAAACACUGUGAAGCGUUAAUUUAUUUUCUAUUAAAAAAUAUGGAGGUCAAGAUAUUUUCGAAUUCUUUUUUUUUACUUGAGUUGUAUUUUGCACAUCUCCUCAGUCCGUACUUGAAGGAAAACAGAACAAAUGCGCUUCUUCCAUCAUAUGGGAAGAAAAGUGCACCAAGCAUAAAAAUUCCUUCUUUAAAAAGCCUUUUAGGCAGCCCUUUUAGUGGAGGCAACCGAUCGAGUGCUCACCCCAUUUACGACGAGAAGGAGCUCCCCCUGGACAGCGAAUACAGCCAAGAUGAAAUAUCAGAAGAUGACAUAUUAAAGAAAAUAAAAAAUGAGAAGGACUUUGCAAAAAAGAAUGAAUACCUUGCGAAAGUGAUUCCUUUGUUUAAUGAAUCCACCAACAAGGAAAACGAAUCCACUUCUUUCCAUUUGAUGAACGCUGGCAUCCAGUUUGCGAACAAGAGGAUGUGCAACGCCCUUUCGCACAAGCUCUUUCCCAUUCUUGUGGAUAGCGGCUUGAACAAGAUGGAUGACGAAUUAGGGCUAAUCAAGAACUACCUCUUUGACGUGGUUUUGACGAACAGCUAA